AAAACAGCUAGAUGGUGAUGAACGAGGACACAGCAAAACUUCAAAAUUAAAAUGUAAACAUCAGCGGUUGCACAAAAUUAGAUCGCAUAUUAUCCUAUUCACGAAAUUCACGCACUGCACACACCGAUUUCGAACGGGAUACGGAGCGAUAGUGUUUAUUUGUUAGCAACGUUUAGAGCCCGCUUAUUUGGCGCACCAACUUUAAAAAUAGAUCAGCAGUAGCAGCAGCAGCGGCGAAUCAAAAUUCUCCCUCUCGAUGAGCUUUUGUCAUAAUUAGGCAAAGCGGGAACCAUUUUUCCGAUUACCUAGUGUGGAAAUUUUUCGCAGUCGGGCGUGACUCAUCCGGGAGAAAACACACAGAAUGCAAGUCCAAGCUCAAACCGACAAUCCGGUCAUUGGAGACUGGUGCCGGGAAAGGCGCCUCGGAAGCGGUGGAUUCGGAGUGGUCAGCCUAUGGCGCAACACAAAAACCAAGCAACUGGUCGCGAUAAAAAAGUUUCACGUUCUGCUUGAUAAAAGCGAAAUGACCGAUAAACACUGUGAAAGAUGGCGCAAUGAAGUUCACCUUAUGAACAAUACCGUUCGAAAUGACAACAUUGUCCGCACGGUACAGAUUCAACCGGAAAGUUUCAUGAAGGAACUUAUGAAAACCUCCCCCGGUAAACUUCCGAUACUUUGUAUGGAGUACUGUGAGGGUGGAGACUUAAGACGGGUGCUCAAUAAAGUAGGGAAUUGCAGUGGGCUUCGCGAGUCGGAAGUUCGAGAGAUUCUGCAGUCGUUGAGGAAUGCGAUUUCUUACCUACACGGACUAAAAAUAACUCAUCGUGAUAUAAAACCCGAAAAUAUUGUGCUCAAGAAAGAGAAUGAUCGCACGGUGUACAAGUUGACGGAUUUGGGUUACGCCAAGGCACUCGACAAGCAGAGUUUGAAUGCAAGUUUGGUUGGAACCGUGGAAUACAUUGCUCCGGAUUUGAUCUAUUGCGACAAAUACAACUGCUCAGUAGAUUAUUGGUCUAUGGGAAUCAUCGGAUUUGAAAUCGUUUGCGGAAUUCGUCCUUUUGUUCCCCAUUCCAAUGUGGCUAAAUGGAUGAUGCACGUCCAGCAGAAGAAAUCCACCAACAUUGCUAUCACUGAAGACAAUCGAGAGAACUACAUUUAUCACAAUGAAAUGUUUAACGAGAAUCACAUUUCCCGUGGUUUAAAAGAAAAUUUGGAAAAAUGGUUAGUGCUGGCACUGGAAUGGAAUCCAAAGCAAAGGGGCUACGUUUUUGAGGUCGGUUCCAAAGAAUUGACCGAACAACAGAUGAAACAAGUGAAGUUCGCAGACAACGUUGAUCAGCCUGUUCAAGUGCUGAAAAUUUUUACUUUGCUUGACACUAUCCUUCAGAAAAAAUUCCUUACCAUUUUCAACAUGUUCAAUUUGAAGUUUCUGACCAUCGAAAUCGAUGAAAAUACAACCAUGGAUGAACUGAAGGCACAAAUUGAGCUUCAAACAUCUAUCCCGCGAGACAGUAUUGAUUUUGUGCUCCCUCUGGAGCAAAAAAUAGGCCAAAUCACAGAAACUACCAAACCGAUCGAUCUCUUUUUGCCAAACUUUUUCGAGAAACCGAUGCUAUUCAUCGUCAAGCAAGGGUUUAUGAUUCAACAGGAUGCAAAACCGACAAUCCCCGGUAGCGUGUCUGAUGUUUUCCAAAACAUCAAAGUCAAAUUGAAGCCGCACAUGUUGAAACAGUUUAUUUGCAAUGCACACUACUUCGUCAGCAACGAACAGCUGGUUUAUGUGACGACCCUGGAUGGAAUAAAAAAUUACGGCCUGACGCUGAACGAAGAAAUUGUGAAGUUUAAGAACGAGGUGAGUCGGAUGAAUAAAAUCACCUAUGGCAUAAGUGGCGGUUUGGAGUACCACAAGCUGAGUUUGAACCACUUCAAAGACAAGUUGAAACCAAAAAUGAUUGCAUUUCCAACACUGGAACAAUCGUUCAAACUUUGGGAGGAACGGUGCACCCGGAUGGAAGCUUCGAUAGCCAAACUACUAGAAGUGGCCGAUAAGCUCACCAAGCGCUACGAUUCCGUUUUGAAGCGAAGCCGAGAAGCAGUUGGCCAUCAGGUAUUGAAAGCUGGCUACGAUCAGCAGGAUUAUUACGGGCAGAAAAACCUGGAAGCCCGUUACGAAAUCGCGAGGGCACAAAUUCUGGAGAAAAACACGCACGAAAAAUCGCACAUCGAAAUGCUGCAAACCGUUUACGAGUGUCUCAAGAAGCGGGACAUUCUCCUGAGAGAUUACGGCUUCAAGGAGUUGCAACAACAACUUGUGGACAUUCGCCGAGAAAUGAGAGAGAUUCAAAAAGCGUUGGAAAAAGCUCUUGAACACGCGGAAAAGUUUAAACGGGAAAUCGCUAAAAUGACCCUGGAGCACAACGAUAAUAUAUGGAAUUUUCUGCACAAUACCGAGUCUGGUGGAGCACAACAGCUUAGCAGCGUUUCUAAACCGGAAACAAUUCCGGAUAUCGAACGUAUAAUGGGACCGGCUAGUCUAGAAGCAACAACACCUUCCAUCAUAAGGAACGAUACAUUACCAGGGGCACCUAAAUUUCACUUGGGCGGCACGGUUACUACACUGGCGAAUUCUUUGGGAGCCGAAAACGUUAACCAAAGUUUACUCUGCUUCGGAGAAGGCCCGGACGUUGAAUCCCUUGUUUCUGCAACGCAAUCGUUAAUUUUCACAACCGAAGAUUUAAUCAAGGACGGUUUCCAAUUGAUGGACUAAAAUGUGUAACACUUUUCCAGUAAAAAGAAUCAAGUCAAAACAACCGGUGCCUACAUUAGGAUGAGUGUCUCUCCUAUAAUUAGUGAAUGUGAUAUAUCGUUACGUUAUCUGCAGGAAAGUGAGCAUUUAAACGUGUAUUCGCUUCUUUCUUAUUUCAAAUGUUUUUAAAACUAUGAGUAAAUCUAAAUAAAGGCAAACUAGCGCCCUUAAAAAAUUAUUUGUCC